AUGACAUGCAGUCCCCGUCGAGUUCAACUCAGUAGCAGUACAUACAUAUCUUAUAUCCUUCGAAUCGUAGCCCGUAACAUUAUUAUUCUCUCCUUGUAUUUUCACCUUGUCUCUGUCGUCAUCAUCAAUCAAAUCCAGUAUCGGCUAUCCUGGCUAGCCACAACCUAA